UGAAUGAAGAACAUGGCAAUCUCGUGAAUAUUCUGGACAGAAAACCAUUUUCUGCCUUUCAUCAAAAUUCCCUCAGCGUUUUUCUGUACACGGGUCGGGUUGACAUGUUUGUGCACGGGAAAAGUGUACUUGCCACGUUGUGUGUGUUGUUGAUUCAUCUUGGGAAAUUUGGAGUUAAUGCAGAAGUCGGAUCUACUGUAUGUACCGACGGUGGAACGGAAUGUGACGCCCACGCCAACACCGCCUGUGAUGUAGCGGGAGGGAGUCUCGUCUGUAUCUGUAACGUGGGAUAUGUUGCUGCUACUGACAACCUUGCAUGCACAUAUGACUGCGGCACUGUUCCUACGCUUGCGGAUGGUUCUGCAGACACUACAUCUCUGAUGGCCGUUACGUACACGUGUAACGCCGGGUUCGAACUUGUCGGUACAGACACCAUCAACUGUGUGGAUGGAAUUGGUUGGGAAACAAUAAUAGCCACGUGCCAAUGUCCAGUUUUGACAGCACCGACGGGCGGAACUGUAAAUGCGGACACCGGAACUACGUCGGUUGGUAAUUCCGCAACCUACACGUGUAACACGGGCUUCAAGCUUGUUGGGGAUAGCACAAGAAACUGUGUUUCCGGCACGGGCUGGGACGGCACAGAACCCACGUGUAUCACAGAUUGUGGAGCCCUUGUAAGCACGGGUAAUCUCGGAGUGACCCACCUUGACACUGUUCUGAAUUCUGUGGCCACUUACACCUGCAGUGCCGGGUUCAUCCUUGUGGGGACCAACACUCGCACGUGCAUAGAAGCUGGCUGGGAUGGGAAUGAACCUACGUGCUUCAUUGACUGCGGUGUAUUAACCGCUCCAGUAAACGGAGCCGUGAUCAACCCGUUAACGUACGAGGGCCAGACAGCCUCGUAUUCGUGUGACGCUGAUUACCAGCUUGUCGGUAACGCCGUAAGAACGUGUCAAGGCAGCGGGUUAUGGGAUGGAACGGACCCUUUAUGUGUUGAAGAUUGUGGAGCACUAACGAACCCGACGAACGGUGACGUUACUUACACGAACACAAUCCUCAACGAGGUUGCGACGUAUACAUGUUCAGCCACCUUUAAAUUGGUCGGUAAUGCCUUGCGCACGUGUGAAACGGGUCCAACUUGGUCCGGAACAGCGCCAACAUGUGUUGAAGAUUGUGGAGCACUAACAAAGCCAACGAACGGUGACGUUACUUACGCGGCCACAGUCCUCAACGAGGUUGCGACGUAUACAUGUUCAGCCACGUUUAAACUGGUCGGCAAUGCCAUGCGCACGUGUGAAACGGGUUCAGCCUGGUCCGGAACAGCGCCAUCAUGUGUUGAAGGUCAAAUCGGUGAUUUGUGUAACACUGUCACCAACUUGUGUGACAAUCUCAUCAACGCCGAAUGUAGCGCGCUGGGCAUCUGUAGUUGUUUGACUGGACAUAAUGCCGUCAGUUCUUUUGCUUGUCAAGACACCGACGAGUGUGCUUCGAAUCCUUGUAUAAAUGGAGGCACGUGUAACGACCUUAUCGACGGGUUCACGUGCACGUGCGAAGCUGGCUUCCAGGGAACCACGUGUCAAACUAAUAUAAACGAGUGCGCGUUGACACCUUGCGAGAACUUUGGCACGUGUACAGAUGGGAUCAACGAGUACACGUGCUCGUGUGUUGCGGGCUAUAAUGGACUAAAGUGUGAAAACAACAUCGACGAGUGUGCGUCGGUCACAUGUCAGAAUGGCGGCGCAUGUGUGGACGGCGUCAACUUUUUCACGUGUAAUUGUUUGGCUGGGUACACCGGAAGCACGUGCGAAACAAAUAUCAACGAGUGUGCGGGUGUCACCUGCAAAAAUGGCGGCGCGUGUUUAGAUGGUGUCAAUAUGUUUACCUGCCAAUGCCUCACGGGAUUCGAAGGGGCGGACUGUGGAACGAAUAUUGACGACUGUGUCACCAAUCAGUGUCAGAACGGCGCCACAUGUGUUGACAGGUGUCGACGAUUACACGUGCGAGUGUGUCGAUGGAUAUUCUGGAACGUUCUGUCAAAUUGACAACGACGAUUGUGUAUCGCACGGGUGUUUGAACGGCGCGGCGUGUGUCGAUGAACCCGGCGGUUACUCGUGCAAAUGUGUUAGCGGAUACAGCGGAGAUUUCUGUGAAACAAACGACAAUGACUGCUCCACAAA